GUACAAGCCAGUCCAGCCACGUAUUUUGUCCUCAAGGUCAACGUCUGUGAAUUAUAAUUUUUCACAACGUUCGGUGACGGUGAGCAGUACUUUACUUCUUUCCGUUUAAUCAUUUCCUUCGUCAUUAGACCUUCGUGUACAAACACCCAAAACAAAAAAAACAAAAGAAAUAAUCAAUAACAAUGUUGAUUAGAGAUAUGUAUAAUUGUACAAUAGAUCUCGGGAGUUAUAUUCAGUAUUUGUGCAUCGCAUUGUCAACACUGUUAGUUUUAUCCUCGAUAUUUCCUGUAAAUGCUGUACAAGAGUUCACUGUUUAUCGUGCUCAACAGUAUGAUUUCCAAGGUGUUAGUAUAGGUAGCCGACUUUCAUCACUAAAUUGUGAGGCUCAAACACACAGCAAUCGAUUAAUCGGUCGAAAUUGUCUUCUUUUGAAAUUAGCCGAUGUAUCUUUAAAUAUUAUCAAGGAUGCUGUGUUUCAUAAAGUCUCUGGCCUAGUCAUCAUUCUGCCAUCCCACUCAUGGUCACAAGCAUUGAUAAAUCAUUUCAUCUAUUUAGAAAAAGAAAUACUAAGUGAUGAAUUUCAAAUUCCUAUUUACUUUACACAAAACAAUUCUGCACUCCAAGAGUUUUAUGAACAAAUUAGCCAGCUUACAACGUCUAGUGCACAAAAUUCAGGCAUAUCUACAAUCACUCGAGCUCUAUCUUCAACUGGUUAUCGAUUACUGACUGGAUAUCAAACACCGAAACCCAUCACAGAUAAUUAUAUGAUAAAUAUUGAGGGUCGACUGGGAAAAGAGAGUGCCAAGUCGGCGAUCAUUAUCUGUGCACAUUAUGAUGCCAUUUCAGCUGUACCUAGCUUGGCCUUUGGUGCUGAUGCAAAUGGUAGUGGCGUUGUCAUUUUAUUGGAACUUGCUCGUCUGCUAUCACAACUUUAUUCAAAUGAAGCCAAUAGAUCGCCAUACCAAAUUGUAUUCCUUUUAACGGGUGGUGGAAAGUUCAAUUUCGUCGGGUCUAAACGUUGGCUUGAUCAAAGUAUUGAAGAUUCUGUUGGUUUAGCCCUCUUAGAUUCUGUUGCUCAAGUAAUCUGCUUGGAAGGUUUGGGUUCGUCAAAUUUCGGUCAGAAUUUGUAUGCGCAUGUCUCGAAACCACCGAAAGAAGGCUCAUUUUCAUACAAUUUCCUCAAAGCUUUGAAUUUAUCAAGUCAUUUGCAUCCUUAUCCAAAUGAGUUGUCAAAUUCCAAAUCACUAAACGACAACAAUGCCAACAACAACAACAACAAUCAGUCAAGUUUCGUGCAUAUGAUUCAUAAAAAGAUCAAUCUGAAUCAAGAGAUUCUAGCCUGGGAACAUGAACGCUAUUCAAUUCACAGGUUGCCUGGCUUGACUCUAUCCAAUUGGCCGUCUGUACAUACAGCUAAUCAAUGGCGUCAGACAUCACUUGAUGGCGGUGUACCAAUGGAUACCGGUGAUGAAAAUGCUUCAGAAUAUUAUCAUACAAUCAAUAAAUCUGGGGCUGAUGGUUCUCAUCAUCGUGGCAAUGUUAGCCCACUUCUUCUGGCACGUAAUACUCAUGUUAUUCUAGAGGCUAUAUUACGUGUAAUAUAUGAGAUUAAUGCUUCGCAUCCGAUGAUAAAUAAUUCACCGAUAGUACCAGCUCAUUGGUCUUCUGAAGUCAGCACUGGUGCAUUAUUAGAUCUAGUAACUAAAUAUCCACGUAGUGCUCAAUAUUUAACUUCUAAAUGGAUGACAAAAUCGCAAGAACGCCUCUUUACAGAGAUACCAACAGCACAUCGACUCAAUGCUAAAGAUGCUGUUUCACAUAAAGCAGGAAUCAUUAAAAGCUUAGAGCACUAUUUGUCAGGAUUUAUGAAUGAUGUUCGCGUUGUUCAACAUUCAUUGACUGAUGAAACAAUUAAAGUUGGUGGUAAGACCUCUUCAUCUUCGUCUUCUGGUGGUGGUGGUCCUAGAGGAGAAGCUCAAAGAAAAAACUCGGCUGAAUCUACUGGUAAUUCAGUCCCGUCAAUUGUUACUUCAGCGGCAGCAUCAACAGAAGUAGAAGUUGUUUUGUAUUCUGAUGUAACACCAUGUGUUAUGUCUGUUCAUAGACUAAAGUCAUCUGUAUUCGAUUUCGCUAUAGCUUGUGCUGUAGCUAGUUAUCUUGGCCUUGUAUAUUUACUUUUGGAGCAUUUUCAUCUAGUCUUGAAUUUGUUCAAAUUCAACAAAAUUGUCAAGUCAAAAUCACAAUAAAGCCAAUGGUCGACGGCACCAGCACCUUGACGUGUUGACAGGUGUGUACAGCAGCACUUAUUGUUAUUAUUAUUAUCAUUAUUAUGUAGUAGUAGUAGUGCAAUGAUUUCUUUCAUCCCUUGAAAACGAAAAGCUCCAGCCAACAGGAUCUUCGUUGAUGUUACUUUGUACUUCCUUCUAGUUAAUGUGUGAAUAAUUUCCUCAGUUAUUUAUUUAUUUAAUUAUUUUCUUGUCUUAACAUAAAUGUGAUUUCAUCAUUAAUAUCACCAGCUAUGUUUGUAUACACAAUUUUCUUUAUAUAAAAUGAGUUACAAUUGUAUACUUAAUAAUAUAUACUUUUUAGUCAAAUAGAUAUUUGUCCCAUGUUGUAUUUUGAAAUACCCCCCGCUCCUGCCCCCAAAUUAUUACUCUUUACUUGUUGAUAAGCAUUUCAAGUGCUCUAUAGCAAACCUUACGUGUUUUAAUUUGUUGUAUUUAUUUGUAAUGAAUAUAUAAACUUCAUAACUGGUG